AUGCCGCCAAAGAAGCCUCAGGCUGCCGAGCCUGUGGAGGAGGAGGUCAAGGAAGAGCCUCCUCCCGAGAUCUUGCAAGGAGACUUCGUGUUUCCAGAUGGCUCGACAUACUCAGGGCAAUACCUGAAGAAAGGUGAGUCAAUAUGCAUGCACGGCGAUGGCCAUCUGCAAAGUGGUCCGCAAACCUUCGAGGGCUCGUUCGACAACGGCAUGUACAAGAUGGGCCGCUACAGCAGCUGCAGCGGUGCGGUGUACACGGGCCAUUUUCGGAAAAACCAAUUCCAUGGAGUUGGCGACUACAAGUGGCCCGAUGGUCGAGAAUAUCGCGGCACGUGGAAAGAUGGGUUCAUGCAUGGUUACGGCAUGUACCUGUACUUCUCUGUCGGAGCGGACAAGCGCUUCAUGGGCUUCUCGAUGAAUGGCAAGUUCGCCUCUGGAGCUGCUGAACAAGAGGAGGCCACAAUGAAGGCUUUCCUGCAGGAGUAUGGCGCUCAAUGCGUCCAGAGCGCAACAGCAGCUUUUCGAGAAAUGGCAGAGAAGACAGCUGCUGAUGGCGUGCCAGCAGAUUUCCUGAUUGCCAAGGACGCCGAUGGCAAAGCCGAGAAGGUCUUGGAGGACAUGGUGGCUGCGCCAUAUCCCGACGCUUCCGCGGCAACGCAGGCUUCACUGCAAGCCUUCGCAGCACGGCUGUCCGCAGAAGAACAACCCUUGCAGGUCUCCGUGUACACCGGCCUGACUAACAAGAAGUUGGUCUUGCCGCUGAGCGAGGAGUCGACGUUCUCUUGUCUGGGAGCAGAAGACGUACACAUGGAUGGCGCCAGACUAAAGCACACCCAGCUGCAAGUGGCAGGCCAAGCCGUGGAGUUCUUCUCAGAGGCGGAAACCGCUGGAGCUCUACGGGCCGUGGUGCUUCUGAACACGGCGUCCGAGUUC